AUGUUUCCCUGCUCGUGGCCGUGUCCUGAGCCUGACCCUGAGGAGCUGACUGCCUUCACUGAUCUCUAUGGUUCCCUCAGAUUACUCCUCUCCUUUCAGAUUAAAAUCCACCUCAAAUUCAAACUCAACCAGCAGACCCUCCAACCAGAAUUCAGGCCUCCAGAGUGUGUUAAGAAAGGAUGCUGGUGUCUGGGAGGACACCCUGACCUCGGAGACAGGUUGCUGCUCAGUGUCCCAGCUCGAGCCAUGGAUCAAGGCCUGUAUGGGGAGCUCAGCGUCCAGCCUGUCACACUCCUUAGCCCCUGUGUGCUGCAGUACCCCAAUCUGGCAACCCAGCUCACACACAUACAAGUUUUGGUUUACAGCCCCAGUAAUGUUCCUGUUACAGGCCCCUCGGGUUUCUUCCAGAACCUCCCUGCUCAUCUGGGCUGUGAAGAACUGAGAGUGCACGGCCUCCACUGCUCCUCUUACAAAGAUCUUGUGCUCAGUGGUGGCAUUGUGUAUGAAGUAGAGCAAGAAAACCAGGGGGAGGAAUCAAUUGUUCCCACAAUGCAGCAGGGUCUCCUGCUCUUCCUCUUCCUGCAGCACAGCGACCCCUUCACCUCGCAGCUCUCUGAUGUUAUGGCCACAGAGGCCCUGAUAGAGCACCACCUGGAGGAUAUUCUCAGCAGCAACAGGCAGGCAGUCACAGCAGCCCUGCAGACUGAGCUAAAGAAAACACUGAAAGCCCAACAGCGCAGGAAAAGGCACCAAGAGAAGCUGCGUUCAGCUGUCAAGGUGAUUCUCUCUUCGUCCAUCAGUAUCGUGAGCAGUAGCAGUAACAUGGACUUCAGAAACGCCUGUCUGAACAGCAUGAAGGUGCGUGACACCCAUGAAUUGUCGGCCUCCCUCUGUGAAUCUCUGUGGAAGGUGACAUCAUGGAAAUUCACACCCAGAGGCCGGUGCUACUCUGCUCAGAUGGAGGAAGAGGAAGAGAGUGAUGGACUCACCAGGACAGAAAUCUGAGACUGUCUGAGUUUGUCAUUAUAAAAAAGAGAUGUGUUGAGUUUGAAACCUCUGAAAGCAGUUAACACUGGAGUGAAUAUUCAUGACGUUGCAAAUGUGCUGGUGAUACAAUAAAGAAAAAUUAUUUAACCUUU